UGGGGAAGGAGAAUAAAAGGGCUUUGGAGCCUGCUUCCCUAGCUGAUCCACCCAUGUGGUAAGCUGCGGAAGUUCACAAUCACCUUGGUUCUGCUUUCUUUAACAUCUAACUGGACGCAAAAUGCUUCGACAGCUCUUCGUUCUUUUGGCCUUGAUUGCUUUUCACGGAAAUGCUUAUCCACAGGGAGAUUCAAGCACAGCAUCAAACGCCCUCACCUGCGCUCUAGGGACAUUUCCAUGUCCCGGAAAAGACUGGUGUUGCCGCGAUGGCUGGCGUUGUGGCCUGGACUACAUGGUCUGCGUUUCACCCUCUCCGUCCCUGUCAAAUACUUCAAGCUCUUUUCCAACUUCAAGUUCUUUUCUAUCAUGCACCGGCCGUCAUGGAUAUCAUUCUUGCCCACAAUCACUUGGAGGCGAUUGCUGUCCUAACGGCUAUAUAUGUGACACGGCAACGGACACGCCCUGUCGCCUGACUCUAAUGGCUGACACGGUAACUCAAACGUCCGUUGAACUAAUCACAUCGACCGGAACCUUCGGCGUAAUGGAGAGCCUACGGACAACGACGAGGACAAUUGCCCCCUCCGUGGUGGCCGUAGGCCGUAUGCAGGAAGCCAGCUCAACUUCUGGUCCUCAGGAAACCGAACCUAUCAACGACAAUGGCUUAACUCCGCAACAGAUUGGGGGUAUCAUCGGUGGUGUUCUAGGCGCCAUACUCUUGAUACUAACCUUUAUCUUGCUCUUAAUACGCCAUCGCCGUGGACGACGACAAGUCGCGACCUACCCGGGAACUCCGUUCCAAAAGGGAGAGUUGGACAGUCAAGAGUCGCAGCUUGGUGAGAUAAAGAGCACAACCUCGGGACACCACUUACCAGAGUUGGAUGGAGACGUCCGUCAGGUCGUUGAACUGUCGGAACAUAACAUGCCCAUCGAAAUAGGGGAGCAUCUGCACCAUGAGCUUGUUGGAGGGUACGAGGCCCACGGAACGUCGGAAAUGGAUGGUGCUCUGUUUGCGGUUGGAUAUGAGCAGCAACGGGGUCUCGGCAGUUAAGAUAGACAGAUGGUCAAUGCCAAGAAACUGUGCCGAUGAGUGUGUGUCUUAGAAGAGAAGGUUUCGGGUAAGAAAAGUACAUGUAAGCGAGACUCGCCAGGCUGAUUGACGAUUCGGGGAAGCGCCCUAUCUGCAGGGCUAUUUCUUCUAUUGGGUUCGAGAUAAGACGCCACUGUUUCAGUGCCACUCUCCACAAC